GCCGCUCGGUGCCCCGCCGCCGCCGGGCCAUGGAGUCCGCGUGAGGGAGCCGCGCCACCCGCUCCCCCGCCGGGAGCCGCGCGCUGCGCCGCCCCCGCAUCCCGGCGCCGGCUCCUCCCUCCGCAGCGGGGGCCGCGUCCCGCUGCCGAGCGGGGAUUGAUGCGGAGAGCGACGGCAGCGCCAUGCAGCCCCCGCCGAGGAAGGUAAAAGUUACACAAGAGCUAAAAAAUAUUCAAAUUGAACAGAUGACAAAACUUCAGGCCAAGCAUCAGGGAGAAUGUGAUCUACUUGAAGAUAUGAGGACAUUCAGUCAGAAGAAAGCUGCAAUUGAGAGAGAAUAUGCACAGGGCAUUCAGAAGUUGGCUAGUCAAUACUUAAAGAAGGAUUGGCCUGGAAUUAAAACAGAUGAGCGAAGUGAUUAUAGGAGCAUGUAUCCGGUUUGGAAAUCAUUUCUAGAAGGUACAAUGCAGGUGGCCCAAUCGCGGCUCAAUAUCUGUGAAAACUACAGAAACCUAAUUUCUGAACCUGCCAGGACAGUCAGAUGUUUUAAAGAACAACAGUUAAAAAAGUGUGUAGACCAGUUGACAAAGAUCCAGGCUGAAUUACAAGAGACAGUAAAAGAUUUAGCUAAGAGCAAGAAGAAGUACUUUGAGACUGAACAGAUGGCUCAUGCAGUGCGGGAAAAAGCUGAUAUUGAGGCCAAGUCCAAGCUUAGUCUUUUUCAGUCAAGGAUAAGCUUACAGAAGGCAAGUGUAAAGUUAAAAGCACGACGGUCUGAGUGUAAUUCAAAGGCUACCCAUGCAAGAAAUGACUACCUUCUCACUUUAGCAGCUGCUAAUGCACACCAGGAUCGCUACUAUCAGACAGACUUAGUGAACAUUAUGAAGGUUCUUGAUGGGAAUGUAUAUGAUCACCUUAAGGAUUAUUUAAUGGCAUUCAGCAGGACUGAGCUAGAGACAUGCCAAGCUGUACAGAAUACAUUCCAAUUUUUAUUGGAAACUUCCAGCAGGGUGGUGCGGGAUUACAAUCUUCAACUGUUUUUACAGGAGAACUCUGUAUUUCACAGACCACAACCCUUCCAGUUCCAGCCAAGUGACAGCGAUACCAGUCGACAACUGGAAUCUGAAACUGGGACAACGGAGGAGCACAGCCUAAACAAGGAAGCCCGGAAAUGGGCCACUCGUGUGGCACGUGAGCAUAAAAACAUCAUCCAUAAUCAGCGGGCACUUGAGGAGUUAGAAUGCCAUGGACCUGUGGUGUCUGAACAAAGCCGAUCAGAACUGGAACAGAAAAUAGAUGAAGCCAGAGAGAAUAUCCGCAAAGCUGAGAUAAUUAAACUCAAAGCAGAGGCUCGUCUUGAUCUGCUAAAGCAGAUAGGGGUAUCUGUUGAUACGUGGCUGAAGAGUGCAAUGAAUCAAGUGAUGGAAGAACUGGAGAAUGAACGCUGGGCAAGCCUUCCUGCAGUGAACAAUAAUGGCUCUUCACACCUGCUUAAUGCUGAUGCAGAAAGGGAGGAAGGGGAAGAAUUUGAAGACAGCAUGGAUGUUUUUGAUGAUAGUAGUUCCAGUCCUUCUGGAACUCUACGAAAUUAUCCACUGACCUGCAAAGUCGUUUAUUCAUAUAAGGCUUCUCAGCCAGAUGAACUGACCAUUGAGGAACAUGAGGUACUGGAAGUGAUUGAAGAUGGAGACAUGGAAGACUGGGUAAAGGCGCGAAAUAAAGCAGGCCAAGUGGGUUAUGUGCCAGAGAAGUAUCUGCAGUUCCCAACCUCCAACAGUCUGUUGAGUAUGCUGCAGUCGCUUGCGGCAUUGGACAGUCGGUCACACACCUCAAAUAAUUCAGCUGAAGCUGAGCUAGUCUCAGGAAGCCUAAAUGGAGACUCCAGCGUCUGUUUUGUAAAAGCACUUUAUGAUUAUGAGAGCCAGACAGAUGACGAGCUGUCCUUCCCAGAAGGAGCAAUCAUCCGUAUCUUGAACAAGGAGAAUCAGGAUGAUGAUGGCUUCUGGGAAGGGGAAUUCAAUGGUCGUGUUGGGGUUUUCCCAUCUGUGUUAGUGGAAGAACUUACAGCCUCAGAAAAUGGAGAGACUCAGUGGACUGGAGAUAUUCAGAUAUCCCCAAAGCCACCUCACAAUUCCCUUCCACUCUUGCCGCUGUAUGACCAGCCACCGAUUAGUCCCUACCAUAGUCCUGAUAAGAGAGGCUCCCAGUACUUCCCCAGGUCACAAUCAACUAACGAAAAUAGUUUCGGCUCAGAUUCUCCUGGAUUCUCACAGCCUCCACGACUUGCUCCUGAAACCUCAUACGGCAAACUGCGACCUGUACGAGCCGCUCCUCCUCCCCCUACACACCAUCGCAGGACGACGGAGAAGAUGGAGGAUGUGGAAAUUACUCUGGUAUAAUGAUUGGACUAGUGAAGUAGUAGUGCUACAAUCAAGGCCAAAUGUGGUGUUUGGUCAACCUUGUUUUUAGGCACCUUUGCAUGAUGAAGACUUUUCAUAGAGCACGAAGUGGGAAGGAUUAUAGGUGACAGUGACAUGGUGGAUUCCUUCCCUCAGUCAUGAAUAUUUUGUGCCUUUUUUGUUUUUAUAUACAUCAUCCUUCCUCCCUUAGCACAAACCAAGAUGGGCCAAACGGUGAGCAGAGAAAUGCGUUGGAGCGGGUUUCCCAUUUGGCUGAAGAUAGUCAGUUUUUAUAUGGAGGUCUAGGAGAGAGCCUCAUUCAUGCAACUUAGUCAUAGCAUACUUAUACCAUGUGCAUUAGUACAGUAUAUUACUGUUGCUGUAGGAAUGUGUUAAAGAUUUUCAAUUCAACUAGCAUUAUGUGUCUGAUUAAAUAGUAAUCAGAUUGUAUGGAAUAAAAAAGGGAACAAAAGAAUAGGUUUAAGAAGAGGCUGGCUCCUCUUUCAUCCCCUCAAAGAAGGAAAAAAAAGGAAAAUAAUCUUACAGAUCGGGAAAAGUGCUGCAGAUCAUAUGGCGUUAAUUGCAGUAAUGCACACCUCUUCGAUUAUUAAAAACCAGAACAAAAUAUUCUUUGUAUUAAUCUUUAUGCAGUUCAUUUAGUAAUAGAGUAUCUAAUAAGGAGGUGCUGAAUUAGUAGCAACAUCUUGUUCUAUAGCAUAAACCAACCAGUAGAAAAGUGACAUUUUGUUUAGAUCUGGAAAUUCAGCUUCAUUUUUUUCUUAGCAGAUUUUUUUUUUUAGUAGGUGGGUCACUUUUAUCCAUUAUUGCCAUGUACUUUAUUAUCAGCAUUAUCAGUAUAUCUUUGCCAUCAAAACAUCUGGCUAGAGUUAGAAGUGUCAUUCCGAAUAUUUACAUGCAUUAUUUAGUGUCCGCUUUGGAUAGUCCCACUGUAUUUCUCCAUGCAAAGCCCAUUCGCUAGCCAAGACCAGAGAACCAGGAAGUCCGUGGCCUACUCCAGUCCUUCAGAAACCAUCUUUGGGCCUGAAAGGAGUAGAGGAGACUAAGAACUCAAAUUACUUUUAUGCAAGAUAUUGGGAGUACAAGGACUUCAAGGGUAAUUUUGCACCAGAUUUCUCUAUAGAAAGGGACUAUUGAUAUUUUAGGAAAGUGAGGGUAUUUUGUGUUGUAACGUGAAUAAAAAUGGGUAAAGAGAGGAGGGGAAUCCUUCAUCCCCGGGGAAAAUGGUUGUUUCUCUAAAUAUGAUCAUUAAACUGUUCUGAAAAUAGCAAUACCCAGAGGGUCAAAGCUUCAUGGAAAAACCACCUACAAAACAUUUAAGAGCUAUUAUAGGGGUUAUACUGAAUGCACUUUUGUGUGUUCAGAUUUUUCCUAAGCCAGUAAAUUAAGUGUCUACAUUUAGUUAACUUACGAGGGCUUUUUUUUUUUUUUUGAGGCUGCAUUUAUUAAAUCAUUUUACAACAUUUUAUCAUAAACUUUGCACAUACUUGUAAAUCACAACCGAAGCUGGGUGUCUGAAACAUUAGUACUUGCCAAUCUCUUCUCCCAGUGGGAUGUUAACUUAGAGUGGAGCUGUUUGAAGAAAAAUAUCAUCAAUCAGUCAUGAAAUCUAUGACUGUCCAUUGAAGAUUCUUUUCCAUGUUUUUCGUUCUUUUGCAUCUCUCGUCCUGUUGAUCUGUUUGAGGUCUUUUUAUGUGUUUAUCAAACUUAUUCUUAAGUUUAAAAAAAAAAGUUUUGUAAAAGAUUUAAUUGUUGGCAAAAAUUUUAAAAGCUUCAAGAUGUGGAAGAAAAGCAAGUAUUGCCAUAAUGUUAAUGUUCAGUUUUCUUGGCCAGUUUUUCUGUGUCCUUCAUAUCCGGACUUUCAAAAUUCAGAAAGUGUUAUAUUAAAUAUCUUUAGUUGUAUUUUAAAAUAUUUUCUGUAAGAGCUGCUACGUUUAUUUAAAAAAAAAUAAGAAAAGUUGUAAAAAUAUGCCUCCUUUUUAACCCUGACUUCUUCAUACAGGGCAUGUAUUCGACGCAUCACCAUGUACAGUGUCAAUACACUGAAAGCAUAGGUGCAAAUGCUUUCUUUAUAUUGGCUGUAAAAAGUUUGUAUUUAUUAUGUAUAAAAUGUUGAAUAAUAAAAAAGUGAAAUUAAACCCACG